AUGGCAUUAGAUUUAGAAAAAAUUCUAUUGCGAGAUAUUAGUCAGUUAUUUCAAGAUGCUGAUGAUUAUAAUGUUCAAAUUCAUGUCGGACAAGAGCCGAACAUUCGAAUUUUUAAAGCUCACUCCGUGAUCUUGAGAGCUCGAUCUUCUUAUUUUCGAGCUGCUUUAUCAGUAAAUUGGGCUAGAACUGAUCCUAAUAGUGCUAUGAUUACUUUAAAGAAACCAAAUAUUUCUCCUAUUGUCUUUGAAAUUAUUUUGAAGAUAAAUUACUCAUUACUUCUUGUCGCAGCCGAUGAACUUGCACUCAUAGACCUAAUAGACCAUAUCCAAGCUCAUAUCAUCAGAAAUGAACAAGACUUGCUGCGUAUAAAUCUUAUCGAAUUUCUUCAAGUAUCUUCUCGACAUGAUGCUUGUCGUCUUUUAAAGGCUCAUUCCGAUCUUAAACGGUGGCAUUUUGCUCAAGAAGCUCCUUAUAGAGCAAGAAUAGCUCCUAGAAUUAAACCAUUCGUAUCAUCCAUUAUUAGUCCUGGUCAUAUCGGUCAAUUGGCAGCUUGGAUUGAUAACAAACAAGAACCUUAUCUCUCAAGAAAUCCUUAUGAAUUCAAGUUACUCAUGCUUGGUAGUCGUGAUGGAUUAUAUAAUGUUAGGGAAUUUCAACGUCGUUGUGGAAAGAAAGGACCAACAAUUAUUGUCAUCAAAAUAAAAAAUUCCAAUCGUAUCAUUGGUGGUUAUAAUCCAAUCGAAUGGUGUUCAUCGGAAGGUUAUUUGUCUUCACGAGACAGUUUCAUAUUUUCUUUUGAUAAUAAUAAGAACACAACAAAUUCUAUUCUCUCACGUGUCAAGAAUCCGGAUUGCGCCAUUUUUAAUUCUGAUAGUAAUUAUAUCGGAUUUGGUAGCGAUUUGGAAUGGUUCGGUGGAAUAUGUGAGCAAUAUAAUUAUCAAAGAAAAAUUCUUAAUCAAAUUGAUUUCACUAUGGAAAAUUAUGAAGUGUUCCAAGUUAAAAAGAGAUAUAACUAUUAA